GGCAUGAACAUGUAUGCAGUGCCCAGCCCGGGGAUACCCGGCUGUCCGCCUGGGCUGGAGUACCUCACUACGGUGGACCAGCUUUUGAUCAAACAGAAAGUAGAAGCCAUUGAAGCCCUGGUUGGCUUUGAAAGCAAUAACAAGUAUGAAGUGCGUAACAUGAUGGGUCAGAAUGUGUUCUAUGCUGUGGAGGAGAACGACUGCCUCAGCCGACAGUGCUGUGGGCCUAUGCGCUCCUUCACUAUCCACGUCCUGGACAACUACGGCCAGGAGAUCAUCACCAUCAUGAGGCCUCUCCGCUGCAUGUCCUGCUUCUUCCCCUGCUGUCUACAAGAGGUCAGUCUGCAUUCACAGCGCCCCCCUGGGAACACAGUGGGAUAUAUUACGCAGCAGUGGCAUCCUCUCUCGCCCAAAUUCACAGUGGAGAAUGAGCUUAAAGAGCCUGUACUGAGGAUUCAUGGGCCUUUCUGUGGAUGGAGCUGCCUUCCAGAUGUUGACUUUGAGAUCAUAACAAUGGAUGAGACUAGUAAGAUCGGAAAAAUAAGCAAACAGUGGUCGGGACUUCUUCGAGAGGCGUUUACGGAUUCAGACAACUUUGGCAUUCAGUUUCCCAUGGACCUGGACGUCAGGAUGAAAGCUGUGAUGAUCGGUGCCUGUUUUCUCAUUGAUUUCAUGUUCUUUGAAUCAACCAACUAAUGGGCCAAUGUGAAAUAAUACGGACAUUUCUGGAAGAAGGCCACAAAGCCAUUUUAAUCAUCACUUUCAUAGAACAAUCUUCAGAGCGAUAGAAUUCAUUAAAUAGGUACCUCAAUGUUUCUCUUGUGCAUGAACAGUGAAGUAGGAGGUGUUAGUCAUGGCUGCUCAGGUUGGUUGCUGGUUGAACAUGUGUUCAUCUGUGCUCUGGGCAGUGUGCAGAAGUGUGUUCUAGAUAAAGGAAGUGUGUGUUUACAAAAUGGCUGCUGGGCCUAUUAAUGACAACACUUGAAUAGCAUAUACGUGU